AUGAAGACCCUCCUCAUAUUGACUUGGUUCUUGGCUUAUGGUGUGCCCACUGUGCCAGGGGGCUUGAUAGAACUGAAGUCAAUGAUCGAGAAGGUGACUGGAAAGACUGCCUUGACCAACUAUGGCUUUUAUGGCUGCUAUUGUGGCUGGGGCGGCGAAGGGACCCCCAAGGAUGCCACUGACAGGUGCUGUUGGGUGCACGACCACUGCUAUGGGCGGCUGGAGGAGGAAGGCUGCAACAUCCGGACCCAGUCAUACAGAUACAGAUUUGCACAGGGCUGGGUCACCUGUGAGCCCGGGUCCUACUGCCAGGUGCAGCUCUGUGCCUGCGACCAGAAGUUAGUCUACUGCCUCCGGAGAAACCUUUGGAGCUACAACCCCAGAUACCAAUACUUUCCCAACAUCUUCUGCUUCUAGCAGCCCUCAGUGAGCUCCUCCCAGGCCAAGUCUGCUCUCUUCUCUGAUAACACCGAUUUCACCAACUCCGCUGGCUUCCCUAGAGAGGCUCCCAGUUCCAGGACUUAUACUUUCUCCAUAGUCCAUGUGCCAGCUUGUAUAUAUUGUGUCCCCCAAACGCCAUUAUCUUUGAUGUAAUCUUGUGUGGGCGGA